AUGGCCCCUCCGAAUCCCCGUGCCGAUUGGGAGAGAUUGGGCGACAGUUUUUAUCGAAAAGUCAGAAUCUACGAUGGCGUGUUUGACGAAGACUUGGAGCUCGAAAACUACGUGGUUGCUGCCGCCCCGAACGCGGGUGCCCUGGGUACUAUAUCCAACACCCUACCUACGUCUCUGUGGGAAUACGGAGCAAUCAGAGGACUGGGCUGGUCCGAUGAUGAAGAGCUACUCGUCGUAGCAGAAGAUGGCACUGUUCAUCGGUAUUUCGGUCUUCAUGGCGACUUUGCACCCUUUUCAUUAGGCAAUGGUGCCGAGGAGUACGGUGUACGGGCUUGCCGUUUCUGGUCCUCGGGCUUCGUUGCUCUAUUGUCCAAUAACCAACUCAUCGCAGUCUCUAACUACAAGGAGCCUAGGCCAAGACUGUUGGCUCAUUCUCCCGAAGGUGAAGUGUCAUCGUGGACUUUGAUUCCUCCAGCAUAUACUCUGUCUCGCACGGUCGAGGUACUUCUAGCUGUCGACAAGACUGUAUAUGUAGUUGAUGCGACAGAAGCAGAAGACCGAAUGCUGCAAAAUGGCCCAUUUAAGCAUAUCAGUGCCUCACCCUCCGGCAAUGUAGUGGCUCUCUACACAAGUGAUGGCAAACUAUGGACUGUGAGCAGUGAUUUUCAGAACAAACACAGCGAGUAUGAUACAAAAGCCAAAACCCCUCCCAUAACCAUGGAAUGGUGCGGAGAAGAAGCCGUUGUUCUUGCGUGGGAAGACGAGAUUCAUGUGGUAGGAAAUGAUGGGGUAGCCUCAAAGCACUACUAUGACGGACGUGUGCAUGUCUUGCCAGAGUUCGAUGGCGUGUGGUUAUUGACAAACGAGUCUUGUGAAUUUCUCCACAAGGUCUCUGCUGUCACCGAGGACGUCUUUAGACUCGGCUCCACAUAUCCUGCCUCUGUUCUUUUGGACUCAAUCGACUUGCUGGAGAAAAAAUCUCCAAAGGUAGAUGAUAAUAUGCAACGCAUCCGGCCCAGCCUUCCGGAAGCUGUGGACACCUGCGUCAGAGCUGCCGGUCAAGAAUUCAACACCUUUUGGCAAAAGCGACUUUUGAAAGCUGCGUCUUUUGGAAAGUCCGUCUUGGAACUUUAUAACAGCGAUGAGUUCGUCGAUAUGACAGAAAGGCUCAGAGUAUUAAAAGCGGUCCGGGAUUUUGAAAUUGGUAUGCCGAUAACAUUCGACCAGUAUCUCCGUCUGACCCCUGAGAGAUUAUUGGAUCGUCUGAUCAAUCGACAUCAUUAUCUGUUGGCGAUCCGGAUGUCUGAGUAUAUCCGCAUUCCCACGGAUAAGAUUUACGUUCACUGGGCGAGCCAAAAAGUUAAAACUUCUACUGCAGAUGACGAUGCAGUGUGCAAAUUAAUCGUUCAAAGACUGGAGGGAAAGUCGGGAAUUUCUUUUGAGAUCAUCGCUCAAUCUGCAUAUGACGAAGGCCGAGCACACCUUGCCACGCAGCUUCUGAAUUACGAGCCACGAGCCGGCAAACAGGUGCCAUUGCUUCUCAAUAUGGAGGAGGACAGCAUUGCUCUCGACAAGGCAAUGCAAAGCGGGGAUCCAGAUCUCAUAUACUAUGUUCUUUUACAUCUGAAGAAAAAGCUUCCGCUAUCGGCAUUCUUCAGAACCAUCAAUGACCGGCCCACUGCAGCAGCAUUGGUGGAAGCGUCGGCACGAGAUGGCGAUAUAGAUUUGUUAAAGGAUCUGUACUAUCAAGAUGAUAGGCCGAUUGAUGGAUCCAAUAUUCUGAUUUCAGAAGCAUUAUCUGAAGACACUGUUCAGUCCAAGAUAGACAAAUUGAAUUUGGCGUCUCGUGUGCUCACAGAUUCAAAAGAUGCCGCAACACAAUUUCAACAUAAGUCUAUCCUAGAGGCCGCACAUCUUCUUCGCGUGCAAGAGGGUCUAGAUAAAGAGCUGUCAGACGGUCCAGAAUAUGUCGGUCUCAGUCUCAACGAAACUGUCUACAGAUUAAUCAAGUCUGGGUAUGGGAAGAGAGCGCAAAAGCUCUACACUGAGUUUAAGAUGUCGGAUACAACGUAUUGGUGGACUCGAUUGAGGGCGUUGGUUGCCAAACGAGAUUGGGGUGAUUUGGAAGAAAUCUCCAAGAUGAGAAAGUCGCCUAUUGGUUGGGAGCCAUUCUAUGCUGAAAUUCUGGGAGCGGGGAAUACCAAGCUUGCUUCGGCUUUUGUUCCCAAAUGCACUAACCUCCCCGUCGCCGAAAGGAUCGAAAUGCUUCUGGGCCUGCCGUGA